AUGUCACAAGAUCAGGAACUAUCAAUUUCAGAUAUGAUAAAAACUUUGGUGGCUUCAACUAUACAGACCCAAGUUAUUCUUCAGAGUAUAGAAGCAUCCCUCAAGAAUUUGGAAAAUACUAUGGGACAAAUUGCUACAUCAUUGAAUAAUCUUGAGUUUCAACAACUUACCCAAGAUUCCAUCAAAAGUUUGGAGAAUCAGGUGGGACUACUAGCGACAUCAUAUAACAGGUUGGAAGCUCAUCUGUCUAAUAAAUUGCCUUCACAACCUGAGAUGAAUCCCAAGGAGAAUGCUAGUGCUGUAACUUUGAGAAGCGGGAAGCAAUAUGAUCCACCUAGUCCUCCAAUGCCUAGUAAAAUGUCAUCCAAGCCACAAGUUGAUUGCUUGGUUGAUGAAGAUGUGCCUCCAAAGCCAACCAGCCCUACACAACCAACCCCCAAGCCUACUUUUGUCACCCCACCUCCUUUCCCAAGCAGACUGAAGAAGACUAAAAGGGAAGAGGUUGACAAGGAAAUUCUUGAUACAUUCCGCAAGGUAGAAGUGAAUAUUCCUCUUCUUGAUGCUAUUAAACAAGCAUCGCAUUAUGCCAAGUUUUUGAAAGAAUUGUGUACUAAUAAGCGUAAGUUGAGGGGUAAUGAAAAAGUUAGUGUGGGGGAGAAUGUUUUUGUAGUUCUUCAAAAGAAGCUUCCACCAAAGUGUAAGGAUCCUGAUACUUUUACUAUCUUUUGCACUAUUGGUAAUAAGAGAAUUGAGCGUUGCAUGUUGGAUUUAGGAGCCUCUAUAAAUGUCUUGCCAUUCUCCAUUCAUGCUUCAUUGAAUCUCGGUCAACUUGAAGAAACAGGGGUGAUUAUUCAACUUCCUGAUAGGUCGAAUGCUUAUCCCAGGGGUGUAAUAGAAGAUGUUUUAGUUCAAGUGAAUGAAUUGGUGUUUCUAGCAAAUUUCUAUGUUCUUGAUAUGGAAGAUGAAUCUAUUCCAUGCUCCAUUUCAAUUUUGUUGGGAAGACCAUUCAUGAAAACUGCAAGAACCAAGAUUGAUGUGCAUGACGGUACAUUGACCAUGGAAUUUGAUGGGGAGACAAUUCGAUUCAAUAUUUUUGAGGCUAUGAGGUAUCCAAGUGAUGUACAUGUUGUUUACUCUCUUGAUGUGUUGGAUAUCCUUUCUCAACGAGUCUUAGAUUUGCAUAAUGAAGACUGUUUAGAGGUUGCGUUGAGAGAGCAUGUUGUGUUGACCGAUGAAGAUUUUUCUGAUGAGAUCAUGGAUGUCAUAAUCGCACUCAAUAGUGAUUUUGACAAGACUUUUCCUUGUAAGGCUUAA